UUGAGCCAAAGCACCCGAAUUAUGAAACGGAUUUCAGAUGCGACUGACAACAGUAGCUAUAGCCGGGUCUAAAUUUAUCCGGGCCCCGUUCAACAUCUGGUCAUAAGCACUCCCAGCUUUUGCCCGCCUCGUCCAGUUUCACUUACUCGCAGUCACCUCCCGUCGCAGAAAAGUCAUAACUCCUAGCGGACUAAAUAUUCUUCAAGACACACGUUGAUCGACCGCUAAAGACAACGUAGUUAUAGAACGUGUCCACCUGCCAGCCUGUGUAGCCAUCAUGUCAACCACGGCACCCCAAUUAACAUUCACGACCUUGGAAGAAAUCGAUGAGAUUUACUCCACUCUCAACAAGACCUUCCGGUCUGGAAAGACUAAACCCAUUCCAUUUAGAAAAGUUCAGAUCCUGCAGCUCGCUUACCUUUUGCAGGACAACGUUGAACGUUUCAAGGAGGCCUUUGCCAUUGACCUUGGGAGACCUUCCCUAGAAGCGACAUUCCUUGAGAUUGACUCAACUAUCCGCGACUGUAAGAUCGCUUAUGAUCGGGUCGAUAAGUGGGCUCGAACCGAAAAAGCACCUUUCAAUAUCAAAUUUGCUGCAUUUCGUCCAGUUAUUCGCAAGGAGCCAAAGGGUGUCGUCUUGUCCAUAAGCCCAUUCAACUACCCUGUAUGGCUUGCUUUUGGACCUCUUAUUGGAGCAAUUGCCGCUGGCAACUGCGUUGUUUUAAAACCGUCUGAACUGGCCCCCGCUGUGAGCGGCCUCAUCGCAGAACUUAUUCCAAAGUAUAUGGACAGUGAUGUCAUAAGAGUCGUAUUGGGUGCUGUUCCGGAGACCAGCAAGCUCAUGGAAUUCCAAUGGGGCCACGUCUUGUACACCGGGAGUGGGCGUGUAGGAAAGAUUAUAGGUGUAGCCGCUGCGAAGACUCUGUCACCUAUCAGUCUCGAGCUCGGAGGGAAGUCCCCCGCUGUUGUCGACGCCAAGUGUGACUUCAAGAUGGCUGCACGCCGUAUCAUGUGGGGCAAGUGCGCCAAUGCGGGUCAGACCUGCGUUGCACCAGACUAUGUCCUCAUCCCACGCUCUUCCGAGGAUGCAUUCAUCAAGGCCCUCAAAGAUGUACACGACGAGUUCUAUCCUUCUGGCGCCACCUCCUCGGCAGAUAUCUCCCACAUCAUCAGUACGGCACACUUCCAUCGUCUCAAGGGUUUGCUCGACAAUACUUCCGGCACCAUUGCCUUUGGCGGGCAGACCGACGAGUCGAGAAAGUUCAUCGCUCCUACGGUGGUCAAGGGUGUCAAAGAUGGAGAUUCGCUGAUGAGCGAUGAGCUUUUCGGACCGAUCUUGCCCAUUAUGCCUGUGGACGAUGUCGAUGCUGCGAUCUCAUACAUCAAUGCUCACGAUCAUCCGCUUGCUUUGUACUGUUUCUCGCCGGAUGCAGCCUUCAAGAACAAGGUGUUUGACAAUACUCAGAGUGGCUCAGCCGUCGCCAAUGAUGUGAUGGUACACUGUGCUACUGAUGGACUGCCAUUCGGCGGUAUUGGCCCCAGUGGAUCUGGGUAUCACACACGAGACUAUACUUUCGCGAUGUUCACGCAUCAACGUGCCUCUCUUGACUCCCCCGGAUGGAUUGACAACAUUCUCACAGGAAGGUUUCCCCCUUACACCGCCAAGAAAGAGGCUUUCCUCAAACGAGCCUUUGGUGUCACACUCCCGCCCCGUCCCAUCUCAGUAGCCGGGGCAAAUGACCAUGGUUUAAUCGAACCGAGGAGAAACACUAAAUGGCUCUUCCUGGUGGUAAGCCUGGCAAUAGUCAGCAUAGGUUACAGACGUGCUGCAGAUGUUAGUGAGUGGGCGGGGUGGUUGAAGGGGUUGAUUGGGGUGUAGCCUUAUUUCUUCAUUUAUAACUGUCGGUUGGAGCUUGACUCACCGCUAUGUGCUUUUAUACUCUUUGCUCGUUUCUUUUGCAAAGCUUCGUUAAUAUGAGAAAGUCUCUUGACUUGAUUAAGCACUGGGCACUGAUGCUUGGGCCAAGUUAU